AUGCAGGACUUGAUCGCCAUUGUUGGCUCUGCUUGUCGGUUUCCUGGGCAAUCAGACAGCCCUUCAAAGCUCUGGACCCGGUUAAAAGAACCCAUCGACCUUCGCAAGACCUUUCCUCCCCAGAGACUGAACCUCGCUCGGUUCUAUCAUCCAGAUGGAGAACAUCACGGCAGCACAGACGUACGCGGGACGUCGUACUUGUUGUCAGAAGACCCGCGUCAGUUUGAUGCCUCUUUCUUCAAUAUCAACCCUCGUGAGGCUGAAGGGAUGGAUCCCCAACAGCGACUACUGUUGGAGACUGCCUUUGAGGCUCUUGAGGCAGCUGGCUACUCCUUGGAAGCCAUGAAUGGUUCCAAGACCUCCGUUCACGUGGGUGUGAUGAACUCAGAUUUCAGCAACAUUCAGCUGCGAGAUCCCGAAGUGCUACCUACAUACAACGCCACCGGAACUGCCAUCAGUAUUCUUUCAAAUCGACUGUCAUACUUUUUCAAUCUCAAGGGGCCGUCAGUGACUAUUGACACGGCCUGCUCGAGCUCACUAGUUGCUCUGCAUCAGGCCGUUCAGGGCCUUCGCGCCGGUGAUGCAACCGCCGCCAUUGUUGCCGGCGCAAAUUUGAUUUUCGACCCGGCUAUGUAUAUCGCUGAAUCGAGCCUGCAUAUGCUGUCCCCUGACUCAUGUUCGAGGAUGUGGGACAAGGAUGCCAAUGGAUACGCUCGGGGAGAAGGGGUCGGUGUACUGGUUCUUAAGCCGCUAAGUCGAGCCAUUAUGGAUGGCGACCACGUCGAGGCAGUCAUCCGCAGCACAGGUGUCAACUCCGACGGUCGUACCAAGGGCAUCACCAUGCCCAACGCAGAAUCUCAAACGGAACUUAUUCGACAAACAUACCGCGAUGCAGGCCUUGACCCUAUUCGGGAUCGAUGCCAGUACUUCGAGUGCCACGGAACAGGCACUGCUACUGGAGAUCCCAUAGAAGCGCGCGCUGUGCACGAUGCGUUUUUCCCCACUGAAACAAGAACAGCCUCUAAUACGCUUAUACCUGACGGCAAGCUGUACGUCGGGUCUGUGAAGACGAUCAUUGGCCAUCUAGAAGGCUGUGCAGGCAUUGCUGGAGUCCUCAAGGCUGUUCUCGCCAUCAAGAAUCGCACCAUCCCUCCAAACAUGCAUUUUCACGAGCCAAAUCCCAGAGUCAUACCAUUUUGUGACCGUCUUGAAAUCCCAACAGUGCCGAUACCUUGGCCGGAUACUGGCAGAUCGCCCCUGCGCGCUAGUAUCAACAGCUUUGGAUUUGGCGGGACAAACGCUCAUGCCAUCAUCGAAGGAUACGACGCGCUGAGCAGUCCAGUACGGGAGGCUACCAUAACGCCUGACGACCUCUUCAUUGGGCCUCUAUUGUUCUCCGCCAAUUCCAGCUCGUCCCUGGUUGCUAAUGUCAAGAACAUGGCGGAGCGGAUCAGAUCUGACCCGUCAAUUGAUCUGGAAAGUCUGGUGUGGACGUUAUACGCUCGGCGGAGUGUCUUGCCAGUCAAAGCCUUCUUCACAGGUGGUACCGUCCAGCGAUUGCUCAACUUUAUGGAUCGGUUCGUGGCUGAGUCCGAAGAAACCACGAGCUCGACAGCCGGGAUAAAAUACCAGCCGCUGAAUCCCACCGAAACUCCCGGCAUCCUUGGUAUCUUCACUGGCCAAGGUGCUCAAUGGGCUUUGAUGGGUUUCUCUCUCCUACAGCAGAAUCAUGUCUUCCGUGCAGCUAUCGAGCGAUGCCAGGCUGCAUUGGCCACACUGCAUGACAGCCCUUCAUGGUCUUUGUUGGAUGAGCUCGUGAAGGGAGCCGACGAGUCUCGCAUCGGCGAAGCAGCCCUAUCACAGCCGCUCUGUACCGCUCUACAGAUAGGACUAGUGGAUAUGCUUCACUCGGCGGGCAUCAAACUGGAUGCUGUAGUGGGCCACUCCUCAGGCGAAAUUGCUGCGGUAUACGCAGCUGGGAUUAUCAAUGCUGACGCCGCAAUCAAGAUUGCAUACUACCGUGGCUACUACGCCAAACUCGCUGCUGGAGCGCGCGGCCAAGCCGGUCGCAUGAUGGCUACUGCCAUGUCCUUUGACGAAGCAGAAGAGUUCUGCGCGCAGCCUCAAUGGAGAGGUCGCCUUGCGGCAGCUGCAAGCAACUCCCCGCAGAGCGUUACACUUUCCGGGGACAUCGAUGCCAUUGAGGAGGCACUGCAGCUUUUCGAAGCCGAAAAGAAAUUUGCGCGAAUCCUGCGAACUGACACCGCUUACCAUUCGCAUCAUAUGCAACCAUGUGCUGAGCGAUACCUGAAGUCAUUGCAAGCCUGCCAGAUCAAGGUCAGUCCGCCCCGAAAGGACUGUGUGUGGAUAUCCAGCGUCCGCGGCGACACCCAACUGCUAGAGGGAGAUUUAUCGACCCUGGCCGACCAGUACUGGGUGGACAACAUGUGCAAUCCGGUUUUGUUCUCCCAAGCAGUGGAGACUUCUAUCUGGAACGGAGGGCCCUUCGAUGUUGCCGUGGAGCUGGGCCCACAUCCAGCCCUAAAAGGGCCAGUGGAGCAAACGAUCAAGGCAGUCUAUGGACCUAUCCCGGCCUACGCUGGACUCAUGCGCCGCGGUGACAAUGAAAUCGAGGCGUUCUCUGGCGGGGUCGGUUUUGUUUGGUCGCGACUUGGCCCGGACUAUGUCGACAUGAGUGGAUACCGCAAAGGCUUCAUAGGAGCUGAUCGUCUGCGGCCCCAAGUGCUCAAAGAUCUUCCAGUCUACUGUUGGGAUCACAGCAAGCUAUACUGGAAAGAAUCUCGUAUCUCCCGCCAGUAUCGGCUGCGACAGGAUACACCACACGAAUUACUAGGUCGUCGAGUACCGGAUGAUUCCGAUGACAGCCGGAGAUGGCGAAAUGUUCUGCGACUCAGCGAACUGCCUUGGAUCAGGGGCCACGUCUUUCAAGGUCAGGUUUUGUUUCCUGGCGCUGGGUAUGUGGCUAUGGCACUGGAGGCAGCACGCGAGCUGACAGAAGGUCGUCCGGCCACUUUAUUCGAGAUUGAGAAUGUUUCUCUGCGCCGUGCAUUGGUCAUUUCAGAGCAAGCAGGUAUCGAGACGGCCUUCACUGCCCGGGUGAUCGACGCGAAAGAAGGGAGGAAUGAUACAAAUCGACUGGAAGCAGACUUCGCGUGUUACUUUUGCUCUGCGGAGGGCAACGAGCCUUUGGUAAAAGCAUGCACAGGGCGUCUCAUCAUCAACUACGGCGAUCCGGCAGCCGAGGCCCUGCCGCAAAGAACCCGGCUGCCAUCGAACAAUGUACCAGUAGAUAUGGGGAGGUUCUACGAUGCAAUGAACAGCGUUGGCCUGGAUUACCAGGGUAUUUUCCGUGGUCUGGUGCAUGGAAAGCGUUCCCUCGGCUGUUCAUCGGUCAAGGCUGCUUGGGGUGAGGAUAUGCAGAUUGACAACUACGUUGUCAACCCUGGGUUUCUCGAUGUUGCGUUCCAGUCAGUCUACACAGCUUUUUCAUCCCCCGCCAGUGGAGAGAUCUGGGCCCCUUAUCUGCCCAUUCACAUUGAGAGACUUGCCGUAAACCCGAAUGUGUCUUACAGAAGCGCAAAAGAUGAGGUUCAAAUGGAAGCGGAUGCGUUCGUUACCGUAUCGAACUCGACACUGCUGAAGGGAGAUAUCCAGCUCUAUCAGAUAGAUUCCCAGCAUGCUGCCAUCCAGGUUGAAGGAAUCUCCAUGAAAUCCAUGUCAGAACCUCAGCCGGAGAACGACAGAUGCUUAUUCUCCGAGACGGUUUGGGGUCCUGACGUCUCAUUGGGUGUUUCUGAAGUGACCAGCCGGGCAACUGAAGACGAUACUCCUCUGGUAGAGGCUUUGGACCGAGUGUCCUUGUUUUACUGGCAGAACCUUCUUCAAGAAGUCGGCGCAGAGGAGAUCGCCCAGUUCCAGUGGUACCACCAGCGCAUGUUUGACGCCGUCAGGUUCCAGGUCUCCUCCGUGCGCAGUGGACAACAUCCCAUUGCAAAGCCAGAAUGGCUUGAAGAUGAUUGGGAAACAAUCCUCGCGGUAAGCGAGCCCUAUGCGUCUCGUGUCGAUAUGCGACUCAUUCACGCCGUUGGAGAGAAUUUGGCCUCCGUUGUCCGUGAAGACACACAACUUCUGGAGGUUAUGGUCCAGGAUGACAUGCUCAACCGCUUUUAUAUGGAAGGAUAUGGCUUUUCUGUCAUUAAUAAUGCUGUCUCGGACGCUCUGGAGCAGAUCACGUUCAAGUAUCCUCACGCAAACAUCCUGGAAAUCGGCGCUGGCACUGGUGGAACGACCCGGAGCAUCCUCGACAGAAUUGGGAGCCGCUAUGGAUCUUACACUUACACCGAUAUUUCCCCCGCGUUCUUCGAAGCUGCGGCUGAGAAGUUCGAAGAUGCAAGAGAAAAGAUCCAGUUCAAGGUCUUGGAUGUCGAAAAGGAAGUUGGCGCUCAAGGAUUUGACGAGCAUGGUUACGAUGUCAUCGUGGCCGCGAAUGUCCUCCAUGCCACACGCAAGCUGGAAGAGACCAUGAAAAAUGCUCGGGCCCUACUCAAACCCGGCGGCUAUCUUGUUCUGAUGGAGAUUACUGGCCCAGAUGUCUUGCGGACGCAGUUCAUCAUGGGUGGUCUUCCAGGGUGGUGGUACGGUGUGGAUGACGGACGUGUCCUGUCACCCGCCAUAUCGGCUCAGCAAUGGAACCAGCUACUUCUCGAUACUGGCUUCUCUGGGUUGGACUGUUUGGCGCCGGAUAUGUUGGAUGAAUAUAAGCACUCUUUCUCACUCAUGGUGAGCCAGGCCAUUGAUGAGAAAAUACAAAUGCUCAGAGAUCCGGUCUUAUCAAAGACGCUACUCCCAGCAGCUGACGUUCUGAUCAUUGGAGGCCGGACCCAUUCAAAUGUCAUUCACGAAAUUCGUCGCUACCUUUCGGCCUGGACGAGCCGUGUCGAGGUAUGGGAUCGAAUUCAAACCAAACAGCUGGAUCAGCUGGCUGAAUUCGAAAACAUUAUUUGCCUUGAGGAGCUGGACCAGCCUUUGUUCUCCACUACCAUGACCAGUGAGACACUGCUGGCUCUGCAGAAGGUCUUGAGCGGGACAAAGAAUGUUGUCUGGGCCAUUAACAGCGCCAAAAGCCAGAACCCGCAUGUCAACAUGACAGUUGGCCUUGGACGAGCAAUGAGAACGGAGGUCCCUGGUCUGAACCUCCUGUUCGUCGAUAUUGACGCUGUCGAGAAUCCUAUUGCAUGUGCACAACUCCUUUCUCAGAUGUUACUGCAACUGAGAACUGGAUCUUUGACUGCGGCUGAGAAUACGCUGUGGGCAGCAGAGCUAGAAAUUCGAGUCCAAGACGGACGGCGCCUUAUUCCUCGGGUCCUUCCGAUGACGCAAAUGAACGAGACCUACAACGCUAGUCGGCGAGUUAUCUCAAAGCCAGUCGAUAUCGAGACUACGUGUGUGAAAAUGGAAGAUUCUGCGGGUUCUCUGCGCCUAGUACCGGGUGCAUGCAUGGUAGACGGCCCCGUUCAGCGCGGCCACAAUAGACUCCGAAUUCAUCGUUCUCUCCCUCUUGCGUUUGGUGGCGGUACACCAUGCUACUUGUGCAGUGGUGACUUGAGGGAGAACGGUCUCCCGGCUCUGGCGUUGUCCACCUCAAACGCAAAUCUUGCUGACAUUCCCAACGACAUGGUCUUCGCAUUGGAUCAGGACCAGCCUUGUGAUGCCGCGAUGCUUGAAGCGACAGGCCGCCAACUCCUCGCAAGAGACAUUUGCAACCGCCUUCCAGCAUCGAAUAGAAUACUGGUGUAUCAACCCAGCCACGACUUUGCUCAAGCACUGCUGCUAACGGGACGCCACUUUUCAUUCGUUUCCGCUGACAAGGCGAGCUGCUUCAGUGACUGGGUUUAUAUCCAUUCCAGAGCCUCGCGCCGUGCCAUCCAGUCUCGUCUGCCGAAGGACUUCGACGCCCUCAUCGACUGUACGGGUGAACUACCUGAAAACCUCAUAGCCUGUCUCUCGAGGAACUGCAGGGUGCUCAAUAUGACGCUCCAUCAGCUCGAUGGCAGCCUUCUGGGCCCUGCAUAUUCUGCCGCUCUUGCCCAUGUAAGUUCCUCGAGUAUUGGACCGAGCAUCCGAGUCAAAGACCUACCCCUUGCUACACCCUCCAAGCUGCCGAUGGUUGAUUGGACAGGGGUCGACACUGUUGAAUUGACGCUUCAGCCGCUUAGCAUGAGAAAGCUAUUCUCAUCAAGCGCCACUUAUCUGCUUGCUGGCAUGACAGGAGACCUUGGUCUUUCGUUGUGCCGCUGGAUGAUUGACAAUGGCGCUCGAAAUAUUGCUCUGACGAGCCGGAAUCCAAACGUCGGCGAAGAACUGCUGCAAGACAUGCGCAGGAGUGGUGCCGAUAUUCGAGUUUUCCGGAACGAUAUCACCGACCAAAAUGCUGUUCGUACUCUGGUUGAGAAUAUCAGAUUGUCAAUGCCGCCAAUUGCCGGAGUCUUCAAUGCGUGCAUGGUUCUCCGGGAUGGACUCUUCUCUGAAAUGGACGUUGAUACCCUCAAUGAUCCACUCGCGCCCAAGGUCGACGGGUCUAAGAUUCUGGACGACAUCUUCCAGGACGACUCUCUCGACUUUUUCGUCCUCUUCUCUUCCUUGGCGAGUAUCAUUGGCAAUGCAGCCAAUCCAACUACCACGCUGCAAACAUGUUCCUCUCUGGUCUUGCCGCCAACCGCCGCAAGAAGGGUCUGGCAGCCUAGUCCGCAUAACAGCUCGCGUCAGCACGAAAUUAUCUUGGGUUUAGAGCCUUUUAUUGAUUCACCCAACGCGACUAAGCGGCCCCCUUGGGAACACAAUCCUAUGUUCUCGCAUUACGUCUCCCGGCCAUUGCUUCAAGAAACGCCGGCGGCUACGACGGUGGAAGCUGCAGCAGACGUGAAACAGCUCUUGAGGUCGACGGUCUCUGGAGAAGCAGUCAUACCUAUCGUGCAAGAGGCAUUCGCAAGGAAACUCGAAUCGAUGAUGCAGCUCCCUGCCAAUAGUAUCAAUCUGAACGUUCCCCUUAUUGACCUGGGAUGUGACUCCUUGCUGGCCAUUGAAAUCAGACGCUGGUUCAUCAAAGAGCUUGGCAUUGAUGUUCCAGUCCUCAAGGUACUGUCCGGGGAUACCACAGCUCAGAUCUGCGAGGAUGCUGUCAGACAAUUUCUGGCUCUUCAGCUGGAGAAGCAAGACACGGUUGCGCCCAACAUGACGGAGAAGCCUGAGACAAAAAGUCAUCCAUCCAGUAAUGCAACCAUUAUCGAUAAUGACGCUCUUGACAAAGCCGAUGCUGCUAAUGGAGACUACGAAUCAAGUAGCCAAGGUGAUGACUCGCGGGGAAAUUCUUCGUCAUCAAGCAGCCACACCAGCCCAAGUAUCCAAGCCACUACACCUGAUAUCAAACCGAAUACUCCAGUGCCUCUGGAUGUCGACGCAGAUCCUCUCGGCCGAGGAUUUCAGCGAACUAUGAUUCGCGCUGAGCCUGCCUCCUUUGCCCAGUCGAGACUAUGGUUUCUGACACAGUAUCUUCAUGAUCCAACAACGUACAAUGUUACCGUCCGUUAUGAUGUUAGAGGAAAUCUUCCUGCUUCACGAAUCGUCAGUUCCCUUAACAGAACUAUCUGCCAUCAUCAGUCUUUGCAAACAUGCUUUUUUAUGGACUCAGAUAAGGAAACACUUAUGCAAGGAGUCCUUUCGCCGUCGUACAGUUCCAUCAAACAUAUUCCUUCUGGAAGCGAGCAGACAGUCAGAGAAGAAUAUAACCGGUUGCGCAGUCGAGUUUGGGAUCUCCAGAAAGGGGAAACGUUCGCGGUCACUGUUGUCUCGUUGUCGCCCGAGCAGCAUACCAUUAUCUUCGGAUACCACCAUAUUGUCAUGGACGGGGUGAGCUGGCACCUUUUCCUGCGAGAUCUGGACUUAGCAUAUCGACUGAGACCGCUCCCUUCGAUCGAAAUGGAAUAUAUCGACUGGUCAAAGAAGCAAUUUCAGUCAGCCCAGCGAGGAGACUUCACCAGACCACUCGAGUACUGGCGCAAACAGCACUCGCCACCACCUUCCGUCAUGCCACUGCUGCCAAUGGCUCAGACGAGCUCUCGCAAGCCGCUCACCAGUUAUGAUAGUCAUGUCAUCAGUGUCCAGAUUGAUCGGCAGCUUGUUUCGCACAUCCGGCUUGUCAGUCAGUCGUUGGGCGUCACCCCCUUCCACUUCCAUUUAGCCGUUAUCCAAAGCAUCCUCUGCCGCUUGCUGAAGACAGAAGAUCUUUGCAUUGGUGUGGUGGAUGCAAACCGAACUAGUGAAGCUCAUUCAGGAACCGUGGGAUUUUUCCUGAAUCUUCUCCCGGUCCGCUUCACUACGAGGGAGCACAGCACAUUCCAAGAUCUGGUCUCCUCAACCAAACGCACGAUCCUAGGAGCCAUCUCCAACUCGGAGGCGCCAUUUGAUCUCAUUCUCGAGGAUUUGAAAGUUUUGCGAAGCAUAGAACACAGCCCCUUGUUCCAGGUUGCUGUCAAUUACCGCAUGGGCGCCAUGCUCCAAGUUCCCCUUGGAGACGGCACAAUGGAGGUUGCGGCCGCCGACGAUGCAAAGAACCCAUACGACCUCAGCUUCGGAAUCACGGAAACUUCAACGGGGACUUGCUUGUUAGAACUAACUAGCCAGAAACAGCUGUACACGGAGCAGUCCACAGAGCUCUUGCUACAGAUGUACAUGGACGUCCUUCGCGCCUCGUCCGACAAUCCUUCACUUCCUGUAAAUCAGCUACCAGUCACUCUUGAGCCGUCAACCGGGAAAGCCCUUGCCGUCGCUAAGGGCCCUAGAGCUGAGUAUUCUUGGCCGAACACACUAUGGGAACGAUAUGACGCUAUCCGGAAGUCCUUCCCUGAGGAAACUGCCAUCAAGGACGGGAAAUCAGAGUUGAGCUACUCUCAGCUGACCAGGAGUGUUGAGAAACUCGCCGCGAUGUUAAUCAGCCAAGGUGUUACCGCUGGAGAUAGCGUUGGUGUUCUCCUUCAUCCGUCAAUCGAUGCCAUUGCCUGUAUGUUAGCCUUGCUGCGCGUUGGAUGCAUCUAUACACCCCUUGACACUCGACUGCCCGUGGCCCGAUUGAGUAUCAUCGUCAAUCGCUCCAAAUCUUCCUUGGUCUUGUAUCACGCUUCAACUCAUGACGUUGCUCUGGAACUUGGAAAGUUCUCCAAACUUGCAAAUGUUGAGGAUAUGUGUGAAUCGGGCCAAGCGCAAGUUCCAGCAAUUGCGCCUCAAUCAAAUCCGGCAUCUUUUCUGUUCUACACCAGCGGCAGUACCGGCACACCCAAGGGCAUUUUGCUUAGCCAGCAAAACUUUGUGAAUCAUCUUGCUGCGAAGACCGACAAACUGAAUCUCGGCAGGGAGGUUGUUUUGCAACAGAGCUCUUUGGGAUUCGACAUGUCCGUCGUGCAGACUUUCUGCGCUUUGGGCAAUGGUGGAACUUUGGUCAUCGCACCGAAGGAAGCGCGGGGAGACCCCAUUGCGCUGUCCACAAUUAUGGCAAAGGAACGAGUGACGCUGACGAUUGCCACGCCCUCGGAGUACUCCUUGUUGCUUCGGUUCGGCCUAGAGCAACUCCAGAGGCCCUACUCAUGGAGACAUGCCUGCAUGGGCGGCGAGGUCGUCUCGCGGCAGUUGGUUCAGCAGUUUUGUCAGCUGGACCAUCCUGAUCUCCAGCUGACCAACUGCUAUGGUCCGACGGAAAUCACUGCUGCUGCGACGUUCCAAGACAUCUCUCUCCAAAUGAAGGACCAGAGUACCACCGAUGGAUCUCUGGUUGGAAAGGCCUUGCCCAACUACUCGGUCUAUAUCAUGGACGCUUCUUCCGGAUCUCCAGUGCCCAUUGGGGUCACCGGCGAGAUCUGCAUCGGAGGCGCUGGUGUUUCACUGGGUUAUCUGAAUUCUCUGGAACAGACCGACGCGAAAUUCGUUCGGGAUCCCUUCGCUAGCCCAGAGGACAUUACCCGCGGUUGGACGAAGAUGUACAGAACCGGAGAUAUGGGUUGUCUCACGGAGGAUGGCACGCUGAUUUUUAUGGGCCGCAUGGACGGCGACAAUCAGGUCAAACUAAAUGGUUUGCGGAUUGAGCUCGAUGAGAUUGCCAACAGCAUACUCACCACUGGGAAUGAUCUGGUGUCCGAAGCCGUCGUAACUGUUCAUUCUGGUUCGGGUUCGGGUUCGCCAUUGCUCGUCGCUCACGUCGUCCCUCUUGGAGACAACGUCGACAACUCAAGACUUCAGCAGCUCGCUAGAGACCUUCCCCUGCCACAGUACAUGCUCCCAUCCGUAGUCGUUUCCCUGGACCGCCUGCCAAUCAACGCCAACGGGAAAGUUGAUAGGAAGGCUAUCAUGGCCCUGCCUCUGCCAACUCAGCGCACUGAGAGCGCGGCGGGUACAGGCACCGAUACUGCAAGACAUCUCAGCCUCGCAGAAGGCGAGCUACGUCUGCUAUGGGAGAAGGUGCUCCCGGCCUCCGGUGGCCCGUCACGACUAGACGCUGAUUCGGAUUUUUUUAUGCGAGGUGGAACUUCCAUGUUACUGGUCAGACUCCAGGGAGCUAUCAAGGAAUCCAUUGGCGUUUCUAUCCCCGUUGCAGAGCUCUACCAGUUUCCGACUCUCGGCCAAAUGGCGCGGCGAAUCAGUCGCCGAAAGGAAGAUCAUCAAGCGUCCCAUGCAACAGUGAUCAAUUGGGAUUCUGAGACAGCCCUGACACAAGACCUCAUUUAUGCCGCCAAGAACCAAUUCUCAACACGUCAAACGAAGGCCCAUGACCGUCAGGAUAUCUUGCUUACCGGAUCUACCAGUUUUCUCGGCAAAAACAUCCUUCAGUCCCUCCUCCACAACCCACUAGUCGAACGAGUGCAUUGCGUAGCUGUUCCUGCCGAGGACAUACCUCGCCUCCCAGCGUCAGAAAAGAUCAGCAUUUACACCGGUAGUCUCCUCACGCCAAGUCUGGGGUUGACCAAGACCGAAAUAGCAGUUCUUCAAUCGUCCCUAGACGUCAUCAUCCACGCCGGCAGCACAGGACACUGCCUGAACAACUACUCUUCGCUGCGCGCUUCAAACGUCGACUCAACAAAGUUCUUGGCGGCCAUCGCUCUUUUGUGUAGAAUUCCCAUCCAUUUCAUCUCGUCCAACCGCGUGACCUUGCUCUCCGGCAGCACUAGUCUCCCUCCAGCCUCAGUUUCGUCCUCCCUACCCAAUACAGAUGGCUCUGAGGGGUUUACCGCCAGCAAAUGGGCCAGUGAACGGCUCCUUGAAUCAGUCGCCAACCUUGCAUCCGGACUCCCUGUUACAAUCCAUCGUCCGUGUGCAGUGUUCGGUGAGGAAGCGCCAAACGAGGAUGCCCUGAACGCUCUUCUGAAGUACUCCAAGCUCACACGCUGUGUUCCGCGUUUUGAAAACUUCGAAGGGUAUCUUGAUUUCGAGGAUGUACACAGGGUAGCUGCGACGAUCGCCGCAGACGCUCUGUCUGCUGAAUCAAGGGAGAGCAAGUCUGCCGCACGAGUCAGGCACCACUCCAGCGGGCACAAGGUCUCAAUGAAGGACUUCAAGGGCCGAAUGGAGACAUUGUUCGCGUGCCCCUUCAAGGAGGUUUCCAUGGCCGAGUGGACUGAGCGCGCAUUGCAAGCUGGUAUCGAUCCACUUAUCACAGGGUACUUGGAGGCAAUGACAAUGAAAGGGGAGAUUAUUCGUUUUCCUUAUAUGGGGGAAGCGGGGUCUCUUUGA